UGCUCAGCUGUUGUGGAAAGCUUCUUCACUUAAGCAGAUGCUGUGAUAAAUGACCUGUGAACUGGAUGUGAUACACAGAUUUUUUUUUUUUUUUUUUUUUAAAUUUGUUAUGAGGAAACUAUGUUAUAAAAAACCCACAACCCCAAAAAAUCAGCCCAGCAUGGAAUUAUUUUCAGUUUGAGUAUAAGGCCAAGCAAGUAGUCCUAUCCAAACCUGAGUAAGAAAAACUGAUAUCAUGAGAAGACUCCUAAGUCCUCAGCAUCCCUCCUUGGGGUGUUUGCAGCUUGCAUACAGAGGGUUGCACUAAGACGUUGAAUUGCCUUGUUUAGUUAGCUCUGAGCACAGGGCUGUCUCUUACAGCAGCCCAUGGCAAAUCAGGUGCCUCAGAGGCUGUUUGGUGUUGCUGCUGAACUCGAUGGAACCCGGAGAGCCACUCGUCAUUUCAGAGAAGUCAUCCGCCACCAUGAUGACUGGGGGCUUAUCUGACACCGAGCCAGCUACUCCAGAAGUUCAGCAGCUUGUUAACCAGGUGAAGUCACAGUUUGAAAAACGGGCAAACAUGAACUGUCGUGUCUUUACAGCCAUAGAAUAUAGGACUCAAGUGGUUGCUGGGACAAUGUACUAUAUUAAGGUCCAAGUUUCCGAUGCUGAGUAUGUCCACUUAAAGGUGUUUGAGAGUCUUCCUCACGAGAACCAAGGUCCCAGCCUUGUCAAUUUUCAGACUGGCAAAACCAGAGAUGAUCCUCUGACCUACUUCUAAAACAUGAUGAGGUGCAGGGCCUCACCUCUGCAAAUCCUAUGGGGGUUCUGCCCAUGACAGUAAAUAAAAUAAGUUUGCAAAGCUAUUGUCCAUAUUUUCCUUUGGCUGCUGCUACACCUGCAAAGGUCUUUCUUGUUAUCUUUCAUGUCUGUCACAAGAUUAAAAUACAGCAUUUCUAAUUAAGACAUAGAAUAAACAUAAGGUUAUCUGGAAUAUAAAAAACACUUGAAGAAAAAAGGCUGAGCAAGAUAAUAAUCAAUAGUGAAAACCAGUG